GGAGCAGAUGGCAUAUUUUAAUUUUUUUUGUUUCUUUUUCAACCAACUUUCAAGGGCGUGUUGGAAAGUUAGCUACCAGAAAGCAGCCCAUGAAGACAUUCAGGUCAAUCGAAAGGUAUCAUGAUCACCACUCAUAUAAUUAUAGAAAUGUAGGCAUACAUAAUAAUUAAGCAUAUGCACAAUUUAAUAUCUUUAUUUAUUUUGUUUUCUAACGAGCCUUUAUGCGUCGGAUGUUUUAAGAUUCAUUUGCCCCUAAAAUUAUAGUGAAUCAGUGGGGCCUUCAAUGAUGCAUGACCUUCAUUGUACAAAAGUAAGUAUAUUUAUAUGUAUAUAUAUUGAGUCUUCCACUGUUUCAUGAUCUGCCCAGAAUAAAUCAGUUAUUAGUCAGUCCUUAGUAUUGCCAUUGGAGAGCCACAGAGCCACAGAGAGAGAAAGAGAGAGAGAGAGAGAGAGAGAACAAUUUUAGGGUUCCUUAGUUCCAUAGGGGAGGCUUAUAGAUGGGAAGGAGUCCUUGUUGUUCAAAGGAUGAGGGGUUGAAUAGAGGAGCAUGGACAGCUAUGGAAGACAAUGUGCUGACUGAAUAUAUCAGAAUUCAUGGUGAAGGGAAAUGGAGAAACCUUCCCAAAAGAGCAGGGCUUAAGAGAUGUGGCAAAAGUUGCAGGCUGCGAUGGUUGAACUAUCUAAGACCUGACAUCAAGAGAGGAAACAUCACUCAUGAUGAAGAAGAGCUCAUCAUCCGGCUUCACAAGCUCCUAGGCAACAGAUGGUCUUUGAUAGCCGGAAGGCUUCCAGGCCGAACAGACAAUGAAAUAAAAAAUUAUUGGAACACUACGAUUGGAAAGAGAAUUCAAGUUGAAGAUCGUUCAUGUUCUGAUGGAAAUCGUAGACAACCAACCCAAGAAAAAACAAAAAAACCAGUACAGUCGUCACCAGAACCUAGGACAAAUAAUUCAUGCACCAAAGUGGUCAAAGCCAAAGCAUCAAGGUGCACAAAAGUGGUCUUACCCCAUGAGUCGCAUAAGUUUGGUGACAGUACUGAACAAGCGACGGUGGGGAUUGAUGAUCCUUUGUCACCUAUGUUAUUUUUAGAUGAUGAAAACAGUACGUCUGCGUUUUUGCUGGAUUUUAAGAUGGACGAGAAUUUUCUAUCCGAUUUUCUUAAUGUCGAUUUCUCUGUGCUCUAUAACAAUGAGGGAGCCGGUAAAGUUGCUGCUGCUGCUGCUGCCGCCACUGAAGACACGAGCAAUAAGCUGCAUGGUCCAGAUCUCCAAUCAUCCAUGGCUCCUAUCGUGGACUCUGAAUUGGACUGCUGGCUCGCAAAGAAUUAAUACGCCUCAUUAAUCAAAUACUAUAUCUUAAUUAAUUCAACCUUCAAAAUCAUAAGUAGCUUAUUAUAUGCAGAAUUUUCCCUAUUAAUUAUGAGAAAAAUGCUGGCAAUUGAUUGUGCCUUUGUGUACGUGUGAGAAGUUGACUUUGUGUACGUGUGACGUUGAUGAUGACUUUGACAACUAGCUUUACCCCAUUUGAUGGUGACCUGCAGCCAGAAGAUCUUCAUGCUAUGUCCAAAUAAUUCCUCAGAAUCCCUCUCUGUAAUAUAUGUAGUUGUUUGUUGCAAUAAAACCAAUGAAUGGGCCAGUUUUAGAUCGA